CGCAUGCGGCGGGCGGGGGCGGCGGCGGCGGCGGCGCCCAUUGGCAGCGCCCGGCGCGGCGGCCCCGCGUUCCUGGAAAGUUCUUGGAAAUGGAUCAAAGGCGUUUCCGCGAACACGCGCCCGGCCCGGCCCGGCCCAACACGGCCCGGCCCAGCCCGGCUCGGCCCAGAUCAGCUCAGCUCAGCCCGGCCCCUCUCCUCUCUCCCCGCUCCGCUCCGCGCCCCCCAGCCGCGGCCCCGGCGGUGCCAGCAGCGCGCCCGCUCCGGACGCGGCUAUUUAUACCUGCCGGGGUGGGCUGGUGGUUUUUUUUUUGUUGUUUUUUCCUUUUUUUUUUUUUUUUUUUUUUUUCGCGUGGCUGAUAUCGGAAGAGUGAUGUGAAUACAAUGCGAUUCCAGGAAUCCCUCACUUCCUGGAACAGAUUAAAAGGGGCAAACAAAAGAUUACUUAGUAGGUUUUUUUUUUCUUUUUUUUUUUUUUUUUUCUCAGAGCUUCAUUACUUCUGGAGUCCGUGAAAAAGCAGGCUGCUGCUCUCCCGGCUCUCCUCUCCCAUGCAUUCGGGGAGAGGCUAUUUAUUCAUACCUAUUUAUUAUUACUUCAGAGCGCUCUGAAUAUUAUUAUUUUUUCCUAAAAGACUGCUUUGAAGGAAGAUCAGGUCCUCUCCAGACAGACGUAGUCUCCCUUUUCUCUGGUUAUUUUUAAAACUUUGCCGUUGCUGGUUUCUGGAAAGCGGCACGAGAACGCGCUCUUUCCCACCGCCCCGCCGAGUCCCCCGCCAGCCCGACGCACGGCCGGGACGCGCCGGCUGCCUCCUCCUGGGAAGCCCGGACCCGAGGCUGGAACGAGCUUGGUCCGUCUGGGAAGCAAAGCAAAAGGAGCCAAGGAGGACGAGAAGGAAGAGGAGAAAGCGUUUGCCACCUUCCUGAAGACUUAAUGCUUUUCCCUUGGUCCAGGAGUGACAUGAUCCUCUGUGUUCAGGGACCUCAUCCUUUGCUGGCGGAGGAGAAGAUCAGGCGACUGUCACUCAGGGGCAUUGCGGUGGAUCUGCCGGAGCAGAUCAUGCAGCCUCUCCCAGUUACGGCCUUCCAGGAGGAGUCUGCGCCUGCCUUUGCAGCACCGGUUCCAGACAACAACCCACCUCAGACACGAGACCCUGAAGAAGACCUUCUCUGCAUUGCGAAAACCUUCUCCUAUCUGCGAGAAUCUGGUUGGUACUGGGGAUCCAUCACAGCCAGUGAGGCCAAGCAGCAUCUCCAAAAGAUGCCGGAGGGCACCUUCCUGGUGCGGGACAGCACCCACCCCAGCUACCUGUUCACACUCUCUGUCAAGACAAAUCGAGGUCCCACCAACGUGCGCAUCGAGUACACUGACAGCAAGUUCCGGCUGGACUCAAACUACUUGUCCAAACCUCGUAUCCUGGCCUUCCCAGACGUGGUCAGUCUUAUCCAGCAUUACGUCAUGUCCUGCACAACGGAAAGCAAGACCGAGGCUCCCUACCCGCCUCCGUCUCCUCUACCUCCCAUGCAGAAAGAGAUGGCAGCAGCAGCAGUACACUUGAAACUCAUCCGGCCGCUGGGCCGCAAAGACAACAUCCCCAGCCUGCAGCACCUGUGCCGGCUACGGAUUAACAAGUCCACGGCUGCAGUGGACCAGCUCCCUCUGCCCAGGCGGAUGGGGGACUAUUUGAAGCAAUACCCUUUCCAGCUCUGAAGCAUGGCCACUGCGUCUCAGGCACGACAGACAGGAGCAGAAAUGAGAGAACUCUGACGUGUCCUUGUCCCGCUACCGCGCGGCAUCAACUGGGCAUGGCAAAGAGCUGAUGAUCAGCAGAGACUGCAUCCAUCUUUCCUCUCCCCUUCUCUCUACAUCCAUUCCAGCACCAGGGAGGAGUUGGUUGUUUCAGUGAACAGUGGGACACAAUCCAAGCUCUGAACCUCAGGCCGCGCAGACAGCGGCUGUGAGAAAGUGCUGUAGGCAUGUGCACACUACUUGAAUUUCAGAGUUGCUGUGACCCCAGAGAUGUUAACCUUGUUAUUUUCGCUAUUUAUUUCCAUGGCAGUUUCUCUCCUCAUGGUAUUUUAAAAGCACCUUUUACUUUAUUGUUUUUUUUGUUUUGUUUUGUUUCUUUUUCUUUUGUGGAAUUAGAGAUAGAUUAAGGAUUCCCAGACAACUGGCAGCCAAAAAUCUGUGGGAAUUUGGAUUUGGAUUUACAUCCAAACAGUACAUGUUUGAGCCUGUCUUUUAACAGGUCACCAGAGUCCACAUCCAAGCUCCCACAGACUUGUCGGCUAUGCAGGAUUCAGAUGAUUGCAUCUAGACCCACCUCUACAUUGUAAAAAAUAUUUUCUUUCUUAGCUACAGGGGGCUGGGUAUCGUAACCUCAAAGCACAUCAGUAGCAGCUUGUGUACCUCCCAAAGAUGCAUGCUGGGUCAUAGUUUGGGGAGGGGAGGCUUCUUGGAGGAAGCCUUUCUUCCUUGAGGACUCGAAGCAGAGAUUCUGGGUGCUGAGCUUGGGCCAGGGAGCACUCAUCCCAUUUUUCCAUCCUCUCCAUCUCAAAAGGAAGUUUGUGACAAAACAUUUAGAAACAAGUAAUCAGAAAGCCAACUUUCUUAUUUGCAGGCAGAAGGAUUUGGUUUCAGAGCACUCUGCAUUUGGCUCAUGUCCCUGAUACUGCCCUUUCCUCGUGAGACAUGGGGCAAGAAGGUCUUCUUGACCAGGGGUUCAGAGACAGCUCUGCUGAGCUGCACCGGUGACACACAGCUUCAGGAUAUUUAUUUAUUUAUUUCCGGGGGGAGAACAAGUUACACGCACCUCAGCAGAAAGAGCUGUCCUUCCUCUCUGCGAACACAAUGCCAGACUGCCAGCUGCUCUGCUUCUGCCAGCAUUAUUCACAAGCCAUGUGGCUUCAAUCAGAGCGAUGUUCUAGCACACACUGGAAACCACAAUUUAACUUCUCUCUCUGCCAAGGUCCAGACCUCUCUUCUCCCUUUCUCAGACUUGCAUGUUUGUUAUCUUUAAACAGAUUUUUUCGCUCUGGGCUUAAUUCUCAUACCCCAUCCUUUUCACACCCCUGCAAAUGAAGCACAAUGGCUCUCCCUUGCUCUUUUAUGGAUAGGAGGGACAAAGAGCAGAUGGGACCUGCCCCAAAACAAGCACAGAGAGGUUGCCCCUUCUCCUUCAUUUGCAUGAUCCUAUUACCUCCCCAGGCUGUAGGAGCCAAUCCAUGCCACUGAAUGAGAGUAGAGAGGGGAACAGACAAGACUAGAGAAAUUAUCCUUUGGUUUAUUUUGCUCCCAAGACCCCAUGCCUUUGUGAGGCAUGAACUGAUUGAAGGAUUCCUCGUUCGUCCCUCCGUGGGACUCUCUCUCUAAGGCUCUGUAACUCAGAGGAGACAAAUCCCAGCUGUACCUGAGGACUGAGAGAGGAGGUGAGGAACGAUGGGACAGUGACCCAGGGGACAAGCUUAAAUGGUGGGUGGAGUUCCUUCCACCCUAAGUCAAGGCUGCCCAAAGGAACAAGAUGGCCUGAUGUGCAUAGUCAGUGCCCUUUUUCCACCCCCUUUCCUCCCAUUUAUACGAGUUUGUGCUCUUGCAAGCUUUGUUUUUGAUACUUCGAUGAUUGACAGCGUGUGAUGUCAGGUUUGCUUUUUAUUGUAUCCUUCCCCCUUGCCCCAUAUGGCAGCAACCCUGAGAACGCACUGAAUGAGAACUUAAAAGACAAAACAAAACACUUUUUAAAAUAAUAUAUAACAUAAACCACUGAAAAGGCUUCCUUUUAUCCAAACACCUCUAUCUGCCUGAGGACACUGGGAACAAGGAAACCACCGCUCUUCAAGGAGCAGCAGUGAUCUCAGGAAGCCCGCAUGGCUUGGCCACAGCCUUGGUAUCUGCAGCAUGUUAAAACUCAGUUUGAGAAUUGUACAGCAGGAAAGGGCAAGUAGUUCAGCUCUAUCAAACUUCCCUCCUACUUGAUUUUUCCUCUGCUGGGGGUAAUGAGGAAAUCAAGCUUGCAGGUUUGACCUUGUUGCCCCAGGAGAGUCCGGCCAGGACGGCAGAAGCACAUGAAGAGAAUGAAUGCCUGGUUAAUCCACCAGCAGGACAGUGCAGGGGCUAAGCUGAAGGCUGUAAGCUCAUCUGGGCAGGGACCACCUCUGUUGUAUGUUUGUACCGCAUCUAGCACAAUAGGGUUCUCUAGGUGCUACUGCAAUACAAAGAAUAAACAAUACAGUUACUCCAAAAAGUCAGUUUCUUCUAUCUUGAGACAGUUUGUUAAAAAAUCAUUUGACUUGGAUUUUAAAUAAACAUUUUAAAUAUAUUUUAAAGCCAAUCGAUGUAAAAGUCUUUGGUAAAAUCCUGAUGGAUGAAUUCAUUUGCUAGUCACAAAAAUCCUCCCCAAGAAGACUGGGCAAAAUCUUGACCAUUUUUUUCCAAACAAGACACAAAAACCCUCAUCAAAAAGAAAAGCCCUUCAGAUACUGGGAGAGUUAACACCAAAAUCAACAGCAGUGUGGGCCUCAUUUCUACUGCACACAGACGAGCAGAGGCGGACCCCGAGUCCCAAGUUACCAAGGGACGAAGGAACAUUUUUUAAAGAUGUACAAAAACACAGGAACGCUUUUUGUAUUGCUUCUGUGUGCCAUAGAAAACCAUUACAAUCUAGGGGAAAGGAGAUGGAACGUAACUGGAAGUUUGGCAAUUUGUUUACAGCAGGCUUGACGUUGGCCCCAAAGAAAAAUUCUGCUCAUGGUCAUGUUGAAAGAGGGGCUCAGCAAGCGCAGACCAUGCGUUGGAUGGGAGACUCAUGGCAUCAGCUUUUUGCCCACGUUCUGGGCAAAGGUUUGGCCAUGUUUUGGCCAUGCUGGGCCUCGGUCUCUCCCUGUGGGCAGGGACUGGGGAGCUGGUCUGCCCUGUGGUGGCCCAGGGGCACAGAGGCCACCCCACCUGCCUGGCACUGCCAGACGGAGGAUGUGUGCUGAGGCAGCCCUGCUGCCAUGCUGUGCCCCACACUUGCCCCUCCGCACUCCUUGCCCAGGAGAGAUGCCCAUGCCACAACCCCCCCGCCUGCCAGGGGCAAGGCACGGUGUGCUCUCAGCCAGUGCAAACAAUAAAACGUGCUCAGGAAAAAAAAGAAAAUCUCACUUAGCCCCUCUCCAUCAUUCUCCCGUUCUGAAUCCACCGGUUUCAAAGUUCAAGCUAUUGCUUUAACGUAUUCCCGAUGCACGUGCUGUCCUUCCCGGGCUGGUUGUGGGGCUGGCCUCAUCAGCAACCAUUGUUUCCAGACCCUCAUCAUCGCACACUGACCAGGAAAUGCUGGCAAACGGAAUAUCCUGCUUGGGUUUAAGUCAUUAAACAAAAACAAUCAUGUCCCUCUAGCUUUUACGGGAAAUGUGGAAAGUGAGGUAGAGGGGGGAGAAAAAAAACAAAGUGGAAAAAUGAAAACAAAAGGAACGAAAAGC